AUGGAGCCUGAAGUGUUCGCCGGAAACUUUUCCUUACCAUAUGUUGAUUCAAGGAUUUCGGCCAGAAAGACACCUCCGCGAGUGGCCCAAUAUGAUGUCAAAAACAAGGACUCAGAGCCAAGGAGUGAUGCAGAAGACCUCAGUGCAGAUAUCACAGACGCUGUUUCGGUAGAAGACUCAGUACCCAGGAAGCCCCUUGUUCUGACGCCCAACGAAACACAUCAGUACCGAAUUGCCGGUCUGCCUCUUGACCAAGAAUUACCUGGAGGUCGAUUUCCUCAUGCCGCGCCUGAGAAUUCCGCGCCGCCUGAUCGGCAUACACAUACAACGGCAUACCAAUUAACACAUGACUUGCCCAAACUGCCGAUUUCAAUUUACGCCCCUCGAUCUCAAGCAUUUAGCCCUAACCUUCGAUUUCGACACCUGGCAGCCUUGACUACUCUCCUCCAUCGCUGUCUGCUUGACGGGGACUUUACCCGGGCUGGAAGAGCGUGGGGCCUCAUCACACGAGAACUUUUCGAACGCAAACCGUUAGAUGUGCGCGUGGACCAUAGGUGGGGAAUUGGCGCCGAGAUUCUGCUACGGCGAAAUCAACCAGCGGCGUCUGGCCAUCAAUCAUCAUUCAAAGCUCUCGGUAAUGAAGAUCGAACCUCACUACCUUUCACUCGGAAGGGUUUCGCAGAAGCAAAGGAGUACUAUGAGCGUUUGGUCGUGAACUAUCCGUGGAAAAAAAUCCAUGAGCAUGUUUAUACGCAUACUACCACUUCCUUGCAAAUCUAUCCCGCUAUGUUUGGUCUUUGGGUCUAUGUUGCGCAGGAGGAAAGUCGGUCUGAAAGAGAUAAGAUUGAGGAUGAGGUGCCUUCUGAACACUCUGAUGAGGAGUCCAUGGAUGAAUAUGGAGAGCGCAGCGAGUCGGACAGGAAGGAAGCUCUUAUUGCAAAGGUUCGGCAGCAAGAAUUGGAAGAAGCCCGACAGAUCGCAACGAGCAUGGAUUCCAUACUUGCCUCACCUCCAUUUUCCGACUCGCCGCAAUUGCUGGAGCUGCGGGGCAACGUGUCGCUCUGGGUUGGUGACUUACUGGCUUUUUCCCUUGUGAAGCCACCUCCUGAGUUUUUGGACGAAUACUAUGAUCCCAUGGAAACUGACGAGGCGAAUGAGCCCCUCGAGAUCCGGCGUGAACAAGAAGUCGCCAUGAAGAGGCGCCAAGUCGAAAUUAAUAAGUCGCAAGAGUUUAUGAAAAGAGCCAGGAAAUACUCUCGAGGGGUGGCGAAAGAUAUGGAGCGUCUCGGCAUCGUGGACGACGCUUUUAAUUAA